CUUGCUGCGCUGCUCCCCGCAGAUCCGCGCUCCUCCACGCACGCACGCGCCCCUUUCCCAGUGGUUCCACCUGGGCGUUCUCCGGACAGCUCUCCCACCAGCUCCCCUAGUUCUCAGCCGCGGGCUUCCCGGCGCCAGCUUCUUUCCUUGGACCCCUCCCUCUUCCUGAUCUGCGGGACCGUUCCCAUGGCAGGAGCACAGGCUUUUGGGACCUCGGUCUUUGGGCUUCGGUUCCCCGGACGACCGAUUCUUGAUGUGAAACUCCACUGGGUUCUGCCCUUGUCUUCUGUAUCCAUCGGCGGGCAGGAGUAUCAGAUCUGUGAAAGUGUGGGUGAGCUGAAGGGCAGCAGCCGCGUCCAUGGAGCAAAAGGAAUGCCCGGACCCUGUGCAUCCAGGCAGGGACCAGCCUCAGCACCAACAGCCAGCACGAAGAUAGCAGAGCCACCUCAGGGGUGAACCAUGAUCCCGGUGACAGAGCUCCGCUACUUUGCGGACACCCAGCCAGCAUACCGGAUCCUGAAGCCAUGGUGGGAUGUGUUCACUGACUACAUCUCCAUUGUCAUGCUGAUGAUUGCUGUCUUUGGGGGGACACUGCAAGUCACCCAGGACAAGAUGAUCUGCCUACCAUGUAAGUGGGUCACCAAAGACUCCUGCAACGACUCCUUCCGGGGCUGGGCAGCCUCCAGCCCAGAGCCCACUUACCCCAACUCCACAGUCCCGCCGGCUACCGACACAGGCCCCACAGGCAUAAAGUAUGACCUAGACCGCCACCAGUACAACUACGUAGACGCCGUGUGCUACGAGAACCGCCUGCACUGGUUCGCCAAGUACUUCCCCUACCUCGUGCUCCUGCACACCCUCAUCUUCCUGGCCUGCAGCAACUUCUGGUUCAAGUUCCCUCGCACCAGUUCCAAGUUGGAGCACUUUGUGUCCAUCCUGCUCAAGUGCUUCGAUUCGCCGUGGACCACAAGGGCCCUGUCCGAGACAGUGGUGGAGGAGAGUGACCCCAAGCCAGCCUUCAGCAAGAUGAACGGCUCCAUGGACAAGAAGUCAUCUACAGUCAGCGAGGACGUGGAGGCCACUGUGCCCAUGCUGCAGCGGACCAAGUCUCGGAUUGAGCAGGGCAUCGUGGACCGAUCAGAGACGGGUGUGCUGGACAAGAAGGAAGGGGAGCAGGCAAAGGCACUGUUUGAGAAGGUGAAGAAGUUUCGGACCCACGUGGAGGAGGGGGACAUCGUGUACCGCCUCUACAUGCGGCAGACCAUCAUCAAGGUGAUCAAGUUCAUCCUCAUCAUCUGCUACACUGUCUACUAUGUGCACAACAUCAAGUUCGAUGUGGACUGCACUGUGGACAUCGAGAGCCUGACGGGUUACCGCACCUACCGGUGUGCCCACCCUCUGGCCACGCUCUUCAAGAUCUUGGCGUCCUUCUACAUCAGCUUGGUCAUCUUCUAUGGGCUCAUCUGCAUGUACACGCUGUGGUGGAUGCUGCGGCGCUCCCUCAAGAAGUACUCGUUUGAGUCAAUCCGAGAGGAGAGCAGCUACAGCGACAUCCCCGAUGUCAAGAACGACUUCGCUUUCAUGCUGCACCUCAUCGACCAAUAUGACCCGCUUUACUCAAAGCGCUUUGCCGUCUUCCUGUCCGAAGUGAGCGAGAACAAGCUGCGACAGCUGAACCUCAACAACGAGUGGACGCUGGACAAGCUGCGGCAGCGGCUCACCAAGAAUGCCCAGGACAAGCUGGAGCUGCACCUCUUCAUGCUCAGUGGCAUCCCUGACACUGUGUUUGACCUGGUCGAGCUGGAGGUCCUGAAGCUGGAACUGAUCCCCGAUGUGACCAUCCCGCCCAGCAUCGCCCAGCUCACGGGCCUUAAGGAGCUGUGGCUCUACCACACAGCAGCCAAGAUCGAGGCCCCUGCUCUGGCCUUCCUGCGUGAGAACCUGCGGGCACUGCACAUCAAGUUCACCGACAUCAAGGAGAUCCCCCUGUGGAUCUACAGCCUGAAGACACUGGAGGAGCUGCACCUGACGGGGAACCUGAGUGCGGAGAACAACCGUUACAUUGUCAUCGACGGGCUCCGGGAGCUCAAGCGCCUCAAGGUGCUGCGCCUCAAGAGCAACCUGAGCAAGCUCCCGCAGGUGGUCACGGAUGUGGGCGUGCACCUGCAGAAGCUCUCCAUCAACAACGAGGGCACCAAGCUCAUCGUCCUCAACAGCCUCAAGAAGAUGGUGAACCUGACGGAGCUGGAGCUGAUCCGCUGUGACCUGGAGCGCAUCCCUCACUCCAUCUUCAGCCUCCACAACCUGCAGGAGAUUGACCUCAAGGACAACAACCUCAAGACCAUCGAGGAGAUCAUCAGCUUCCAGCAUCUGCACCGCCUCACCUGCCUUAAGCUGUGGUACAACCACAUUGCCUACAUCCCCAUCCAGAUCGGCAACCUCACCAACCUCGAGCGCCUCUACCUGAACCGCAACAAGAUCGAGAAGAUCCCCACCCAGCUCUUCUACUGCCGCAAGCUGCGCUACCUGGACCUCAGCCACAACAACCUGACCUUCCUUCCCGCUGACAUCGGCCUCCUGCAGAACCUCCAGAACCUGGCUGUCACGGCCAAUAGGAUCGAGGCGCUCCCCCCAGAGCUCUUCCAGUGCCGGAAGCUGCGGGCUCUGCACCUGGGCAACAAUGUACUGCAGUCGCUGCCCUCGAGAGUGGGUGAGCUGACCAACCUGACGCAGAUCGAGCUUCGGGGCAACCGGCUGGAAUGCCUGCCUGUGGAGCUGGGCGAGUGCCCGCUGCUCAAGCGCAGUGGCCUGGUGGUGGAGGAGGAUCUGUUCAGCACGCUGCCGCCCGAGGUGAAGGAGCGGCUCUGGAGAGCUGACAAGGAGCAGGCCUGAGCACAGCCCGGAGGAGCAGCAAGGACCCUCAGCAGGCCCGCAGGCCAAGUGGGCAGUCCAGCCAGGCAGAGCCCAGGCCAGGCGUGAGCUGGGCCAGGGCAGAAGACAGGAAUUGAGGGGCUGGCCCCUUUUCUCCCUCUGGGGCUCAUACACCCAGGGCAGGCACUUGCUGGGGACCGGAGACUCUUGAGACUAGUCUCAGAGUACAGUAUUUGGACAAUCAGGGUCUUCACCCUGGGGGCCAUCUCUGCCUCGGGCUGAGCUGGCACCAGAGACCCAGGGACAGUAACUUAGAGCUGGGUAUUUAUUUUUCUCCACCUCCCAUCUCCUCCCUGCAGAUAACUUAGACAUUCCCAAGACGGUUUGGCUCUGUGGGAAGAGUUUAAGCAACCUGGCAGUGUUGGCCUCUUUCUUUUCGGGCGAUGCUGACAGAGUCAGCGCCCACCCAGACGCAGGCAGAGUCGGGCAAGGUGAGCCAGCGCAGGAUGGUCUCCUUAUUGGCGCUGGGCUAGGAUCUGGCAGCAGCGCUUGUGGGAGACCAGGCCUCCAGGUGAAAGGGUCAGGCCUGGGGCUUGCCCCAUCAGUUUUUGAAGCAAUUUUAGUUUUUGUUUUCUUUCUUUCUUUUUUUUUAGUCUUUUUUUUUUAAGUUUUGAAAAUGAUGGUUUGGGUAUUUAAAAAAAAAAAAAGAAAGAAAGAAAGAAAAGAAAAAAACGACACUAAAGGCCAGUGAGUUGGAAGUCUCAGGGUGGGUGGUAUUUCCCCUUGAGCAAAGCAGCAAGACAUUGAAGGAGACUUCCUGUCCCUGUGGUGUGGGCCAGGAGGUCUUCCCAGUCUGUCCUGACCUUGGUCCAGAGUGCUGUUUGUUCUUCUCUUCUCCUGGGGCAGGGCUUUUAUUUUUGUUUGCUUUUAGGGUUUUUUUGGUGUCCUGUUAUUUUUUUCUCCUCCAUGGGUCUUGGCAGGCGCCCUUUAGGUGGCUGUCAGCCAAAAGGAAAGCUCUGGAGCUGCCAAGAAGGGAGGAGACUCGGGCUGGCUAAUCCCCAGAUGAACGGUGCUCCAUCCCUGCCCCCCCCCCCCAUGCCCCUCACGCACAGUGUUAAGGAGCCCGGGCAGCUGCUCCCUCAGACUGUCCCCACGUGUGUCGUGGGUUUGCUCAUGCCACACUCGCCUCUGCUGCUGCUUACCCUGGCUCUGUCACCAUCUGGUCCCUCGUGAAGAACAGACAUUAGAGGCAGGUUGGGCACGGAGAGGUCACCACUGCGAGGGGCAGGUUCCCAGUUUUUGGUUCCAGCCAGUCUCUAUACUGGGCAUCUGGUUUGCACACAGUACAGUUAGCGCCUAGUGGCAGUGAGCCACUCUGCUUUAGAUCAGUCACUAGGGUCCCCACUUUAGAAGGGGCCUCGCCUUAGAUCAAUCACAUGGACACUAAGGCACGUUUUAGCGUCUCUUGUCUUAACGACUAUGUCUGUCCGUCCAUUUGUGUUUUCUGCGUCGUGUCAUUGGAUGUAACCCUUGGAAAUACUGCACACUAGCCUCUGUCGACCAUGAAGCAAUCCGUUACACAUGGGUCAAAUAUCCAAUAAAUCUAUAACACAGUUG